AUGAAGAACAAAUAAAAUAUUGUUGACACCCAAAUCUUAGGUUUAAUGAGAUGUUCUAAAAUAGCGAAACAAAAGUUUAAAGAACAAAAGGAAUAUUAUGCAAUAAAAAAGGAAUUUUAAAUAAUUAUAAACAUUCCACGGGAAUUAGGCAUAAGGGAAUACUUAAGAACAGAUAUUGAUAUCAUAUUCAGCACUGACUAUUAAAUAACCUCCAAUUUAGGAGAACUGUGCACAAAUAUCUUUACAGUAGGCUAUAAAAUUUUACAAACUGAUUACUUUUAGGAUAAGCAGGCAUUUACACUGUUUCCAAGAAAUUUGCAAUGUGUGAGCAUCGAGGUUAUAUUUGAUUUAUUAGAAAAAAUGAACUUGCAGAAAAGUAAAGAAGACAUUAAAAAUUUCAUGCUUGAUCAUAAAAAGAGAAAUAUUUAAAUAAGCUCAUGUAAUGAUUUGAAUUACGUUGACUCAUAUGCUUCUCAAUUUCCAUUUGAAUCUUACAUAAUAAAAUAUGAUUCUGCAGGAUCUAAGGUUCUGAAAUAUAUAAACAAUGUGAAAUAUCUUCAUUUGAUGGGUAUAACUAGAGAGAUGAUGGAAUGCAAUUUAAUUUAGACACAAAUGUUACCCUGCGCCAUAAAAUUCGAGUCCUAUUUGGAUAUUUGGAGCAAAAUGUUUGAAGCAAUCUCGAGAAAAUCAAAUUUUUUUACAGCUGAAUUAUAAAAUUAUAAUGGUUAAAGAAGUUUUGUAAAAAUGGAACAAAGGUUGUUAUACUUAAUUCAAGAAAACGACAACAGCGUACUCUGUCAUCUCUAUUGGAUCUAUCAUACAAACCCAGACCCUGCAGUAGCUGAAGAAAACUAUAAGAAAGAAUUAGAUUCCUAAAAUCCUAAACCAAAAUAAUGUUCAUUUAAAUAAAUUUGCAAUUGA